UUUGUGAAGGUUAAAGUAGCAUCAAUAGCAAAUUCCUUGUUAUAAAGAAGAGUCCUCCGAUAGGUGGCAGGUGCUUACGCACUGCGACAUAGCCGCCGCCAGCCAGUGUGUGGUGUUACCAGUAGCCCAGCAUUUGUGUCCUCUUGUCAGGAAGAAGAUCGAGCACAUCGGCAGGAUGACGCAGAUGACGCAGGAGGAGAUCGUGACCAACACGAAGACGGUGGUGCAGGGGCUGGAGGCCCUCCGCAACGAGCACAACUCCAUCCUCAAUGGGCUCACGUCAUCCCUGGAGUUGGCGGUGCAGGCGGCCAAGCAGCAGCAGCAGCAACAACAACACCUGCAGCAGCAGCAGCUCCAGCAGCAGCAACAGCAGCAGCAGGGCGGCGGCGGCGGAGGCGGCGACCAGCCGCCGCAGGUGGAUGCCGCCGCCGUCGUCGAGGAGAAGAAGGGCCUCGUGCAGAAGUCGCUCGAUAUGAUCGAGCUGGGGCUGGGUGAGGCGCAGGUGAUGAUGGCUUUGACGUCCCAUCUGCAAAUGGUGGAAGCUGAAAAGCAGAAACUGCGAACGCAGGUGCGACGUCUGUGCCAGGAGAACGCGUGGCUGCGUGACGAGCUCGCCAACACUCAGCAGAAACUGCAGGCCUCUGAACAGGCAGUUGCGCAGUUGGAGGAAGAGAAGAAGCACCUCGAGUUUAUGGUCUCUAUCCGAAAAUACGACCAGGAUGUGCAGGGAGAUGAAUCCAGUUCGGAAUCCAAACAAGACAAACCAAAGCAAGACGACCUGGCAGUGGACUUGUUUCCCGAUGAUGACACCGAAGAACGAACCACAUCGAUGUCUCCUACGCCACCCAGCCAGUUUGCACAGCAAGUGAAUGCUGGGUAUGAAAUCCCAGCACGAUUGCGUACACUGCACAAUUUAGUGAUCCAAUACGCCUCACAGGGUCGCUACGAGGUGGCGGUCCCUCUGUGCAAACAAGCUCUCGAAGACCUCGAGAAAACUAGCGGCCACGACCACCCAGAUGUGGCAACAAUGCUUAACAUCCUUGCACUGGUCUACAGAGAUCAGAACAAGUACAAGGAGGCUGCCAGUCUCUUAAACGAUGCCCUUGCCAUCAGAGAGAAGACACUUGGGGAGAACCACCCAGCGGUUGCAGCCACUCUGAACAACCUGGCUGUGCUGUACGGCAAGCGAGGCAAGUACAAGGAGGCCGAGCCCCUUUGCAAACGAGCGCUGGAAAUUCGAGAGAAAGUGCUCGGCAGGGAUCACCCGGAUGUGGCCAAGCAGCUUAACAACCUCGCGUUGCUUUGCCAGAACCAGGGCAAGUAUGAAGAAGUAGAACGGUACUACCAGCGAGCCCUAGAGAUUUAUGAAUCGAAGUUGGGACCAGAUGAUCCCAAUGUUGCCAAGACCAAGAACAAUUUGGCAUCCUGUUACCUCAAACAGGGCAAGUACAAGGAGGCCGAAAUCUUGUACAAACAGGUCCUGACCCGGGCACAUGAACGCGAGUUUGGAACCAUUGAUGGGGACAACAAACCCAUCUGGCAGGUUGCGGAAGAGCGUGAGGAGAACAAGCACCGUAACAAGGAGAAUGCGCCAUAUGGUGAAUAUGGUGGUUGGCACAAGGCAGCGAAAGUUGACAGUCCUACUGUUACCACCACACUGAAGAACCUUGGUGCUCUGUACCGGCGCCAGGGCAAGUACGAAGCCGCAGAGACCUUGGAGGACUGUGCCCUGCGCUCGCGUAAAGAGGCGCUGGAAAUUGUAAAGCAAGCCAAAGUCUCUCAGCUGCUGGGAGGUGCUGGAAGUGAUGGGACACUACCAGACCGACGGCGCAGCAGUGGCAGUCGCGGAGAACGUGCUAGCCGUCGAGGCAGUCGUGAAUCACUUGAGGCUGUCAGCUACGACGAGGGCAGCCAGUGGUAUGGCAGCUCUUCGUAGCCGCACUGCCAGCUCCGACCAGCUCCGGCCUGUGCCCUCGUAAUGUCCUGGAGACCUCGCCCUAAGAGAGGGUGUGCUUCUUGUUAUAUAUGCAUAUAAUACCCAGAUCACUAUUCUGUCAUAGUAGCUGCAGACAGUUCUGUUUUGUGUUCUGUUCUCACCGAUUGGCUGCGCCGUCUGCUUGCAUGCAGGGGCUGAGUCAAGAGCACUUUUCCUGCCUCCUAGCAACAUCCAAAGCAAUCCUGCUGCUGCGAGCAUAUAGGAUUUUAUGAGGUGGCAUCAGUCAUUUUCUUUCAGGUUGUGUUGUGUUCUUUAACAUAGCGAUCACAGUAUUAUUUAAUCAUUAUAGAUUACUUUCUUGUGUACCAUUUGCAUACACUGUGGUAUUCAAGAAUUAUAGUGAAAGAAAGGAAAAUGGAAUUAAUUUAUUUGUUAAUGAAUGUCAAACAAUAUCUGUGGAGAUAUAUGCGUGUCAAAUAUGCAAGAUCUAAUGGAAAUGAAACCAUAUUUAUUUUUUGUUUUGACAUUCUUGUUUACAGUCUUCAGAGCAUAUAAUUAUUGAUGCUUGCGGAACUGUCAAACAUGUUAUGUAAAAUCUGGAUCAUUUAAAUAAUUUUUCAACUUAGAUUAUUUGACUGCAAUGACAAAAUAUUAUAUGAUUUACAAUGGUGCUGACAUGAUAUGACAUAAUGUUUAUAUCAGACUGGUUUCUCAUUUGGUUGCUAAAUUACAUUCCAUGACAUUCCACAGAUUGUGGUGAACUGUAAUGCUUGAGCUAACUUUUUUUCAAGCAAAAAAAUGAUAAAUGUAUCAACAGAACUGAACCAGUCCAAGAUCAAGAGACACUUGUAGGUUAAGUGACAUUAUACAUUGUGUGAAAUGGUUUGGGUUGGUUCAGUUCAUUUUGGCAAGAAUUAACAGCAACUAAAACUUGAUUCUUUUCUGACUUUGUUUUUGAUUUACAAAAACCACUGAAAUAUGCAAUCUUUUAUUACAAAGUUACUAUUUUAAAUUUGUAUCAGAUUUCUUCAUAUUCAUUUGUACAAUGUCUAUGUUCUUAUGUACUGGUGAUUAAUUAUAGUUAGAUAUAAGAUAAUACAGAGUAUCUGUUGAAUUAAUUUUUCAAUUCUUUAUUCUCAUUUUUUUUGGAUGACGUCUCUUAUCAUGAAAUGUUUCUCUCGAUACCCAAUACAGUGGCUUCUAUUGGGAUAUUGUCAGGGAUGGUUGGGAGUCAGGAAAGCCUUUCCGGAUGAGGCAGAUACUUUUCAGAUAUUGAACGUAUCUUGGAGAUACUGUACAGUAUGUGAAUAGCGUAAGAGAUGAGUGGGGGUCUGCUUAAUAUUAUCCGGAGGUUGUCGGAGGAGGGAGUUCAAGUUUGUGUUUUUGUCCUGACAAUAUACUCUGUUUCCUCUUUCCAGUCAUUUAUUUUCAUUAAUCUCAUUAGAUUCAUUGAGAAACCCCAUUUGUCCCCAUGGGUUAGAAAAUUGCUGCAGUUUUAUAAUGGUGCUGUAUAAUGUUAAUAACCUGUCUUUAAGUGGUUUGAUUAUUUCAAUGGUGCUUGUAUUUUGAAAUUUAUAUUUAUUACAUACUUAAUUUUUAUAUAAAAUUUCAUUAAUUUUGGCUCUGUUUUACAUUUUAUGUGCUGCUAUGAGAGAAAUUCGAUAUAAAUACAGUGGAAAAUUGUAAUAAAAGAAUGAACUUUAAUUUCUUCGAAGUUGUAAUGAAUAUUCGACAAAUUGAUUCUAACCUCAGUUACCAGAAUAUAUUUAUUGUAAUCUUACACAAAUUACUUUAAAGUGCAGUUAUCUAAAUUGUUUUUAAAUUUCAUUUUCUUAAAUUUGCUUGAAUAUCAUGCUUAAAUCUGAAUCCGCCGAACUAAUAGAAAAAUAGUUUUGUGUAUUGGUUACAAAAGGCAGAACGAAUCAAGUUUCAUUGAAUGCAAUUUGUUGUAUUGCCAAUAUAUGUUUAUUUUACUUUAUUAAGUAUUAUGUACUGAGCAUUGGUGUGAAUGGUAACUCUUCGAAGGUUUUAAUAUUGACCUUUGUGUAUACAGCAUUGCACAGUUGUGAAUUAUUUUACUCUCUUCUCAUUUAUCCAUUUCUUGUUGAGCUAUUAAGGGAAAUCAAUAAAACUGUAAUUGAUUAAUUUUAUUUCAAAAUGAGAUUAAGUAUUGUUUUAUAACUUUCACAAGUGUAACAGAAGUUCCUUAAUAUAAGCAGAUGUGUUCAAAAUGGUGUACAUCUGCAAAGUUUGUACAAGAGGAGACACAGCGAAAUUUUUAAAAUGAAAUACAAAGGUACUUUGUCUAUUUAGUUUAAAAAUCAAAACUCUUGUAUUCAUUCUUGCACGUAAAUUUCAAGUAUUUGCGUUGUGUAAAAGCUGUUACAAAGAAAAAAUGAAAAUAUCAAUUUCAUGCGAACAUUUAUGUUACCUUUAUUCAUUUUAUUUACUUCAAUUUGACAAGAAAGGAACUAUUGGCUGUUAAAUUUGCUGUCUUUGUAAGAUUUUUCUUGUUUGUGGACUUCUCGUUGUGUAUUAAUGAGAAGUAUGAUGCAGCAAGGUCAGUGAUUGCUUCACCGACUGUCCGACUUACGUGAAGAUGGUCCAUACCUGCCACGGCGUUUUCUUCUUGGCGUCUAUGCACAAAUGACAAAAGUGUUUUUGUAUGGUGCGUGCAAACAGACAUAUAGCCAUGUCUCAGUAGCUCUGUUUAUUCUUGUAUUUCGAUGGUCGUGAAGACUACUAGUGUGCUAUUCUGUUGCAGUGUGUUCCCUUAGAUAGCUGUACAAUACACCUAUGUAACGUGUGGCCACAUGCAGUGGGCGGUGGUCCCACGAUGUGAUGCUCCUCUUACGACCCCUUUGUUCUGCAUUGCUUUUGUACUCCUAGUGCCAGUUAUCUUGCAAAUAUUCUCAUCUUUGCCUUCUGCCCAUUGAGGCUCUGACAUGCUCGAAAUAUGUGAAAGACUGUCAUGAGAUUUGUGUGGAUGAUAAUAAGUUCAUGCAAGCACCAAAUUUCUGGAUCCGUAUUUACUCAACACAUUAAAAGCACAUUCAACUGAUUUUGAAUUUGUGUGGCUUACUAAUCAUUGAAAAUGUCAUUUACUCUUUGUAAUGUGUCACUUCUAGGAUGAUAAUUUGUAGACAAGAUAGAUUUUUUCUCCUCUCAUUUGGUUGAUUUGUGCAUUACAUAUGAACUGCAGAAAGGAAAAAUGUAGUUCAUGAAAUUAAACAUGAAAUAACCCUUAAUAAGUAAUGAUGACGGCUUAUGACAAACUUCUGCAUGAAUUCAAUUCAUUUACACUUGUCCAAAAUUAAUGAUUUCAUCAAGAAUGUCAUAACAAAUUUGCUAAUUCUCCUCAGCUCUUCCCAUACUCCAAAACUGAGUAUGGGAAAGUUAUUCUUUCUCUAUUCACUGUAUUGUAAUGUUUAUUCGGGUAUGUCUUGAGUUGUGAUGUACAUGGAAAAGAAUAUUUUCAAGAAAGCUGGCACUCUAUGAAAUAAAUAAUAUGUAACUGUUGUCUGUUUAUCAUUCAACAUUAUGCCACAAUGUAAAAACAAACAAACAAUGCAUUAAUGAGACUUAAUGGUGUUUUUUUGUUGUGCUUAUUUAUCUUAUACAGCAGGUGGAAUACAACCUUUUCAAUUCGCUGUUGAUUUUUUUAUACCAGAGAUUGCAAGAUGUUGCUAUUGCAUGUCUUGCACAUGUAUCAGUAAUAUAUAAUAUUGCAAUUAAAUUAUAUCCUUCUUUAGCCACAUAGUUAUCACAAAGAAUCAAAUCAGCUUCUGUCUUCUUACUGGUUUUAUUUGUAAUAUUGCAUUUAAUCAUUGGAAGAAGUCCUUUAAAGCUCAUGUAACAAGGCUUUUCCAGACACUUCGGAAAACACAUUUACAAUUGCAAUCCUAAUUCUAGAGUAUUUAUUCUGAACAGAAAAUUUUGUGAUUCCUUUUCUCUAAGAAUGCAGUUGUCUUUGAGAAGUAACUUCUGCCAACGGCAUCCCAUUGGGGGCCAGCAGUCUCUUACAGUAUUGGAUAAAAAUAUAAAUUCAUUUCUGCACUUUUUCUUUUGAAACUUUACGAAGAAUUGUAAAUAAAUAGACUUAUACAAAUAAAAUUGGCCUUUUUAUUGCUUUUAUCAAGUGAUACAAUGCAGUUUUUACCAACCACGUUUUCAAAGAUUUUUUUGAUUUCAUUGAAAUCGGUAGACUGAUUAGCUGAAUUUCAAAAGUCAUGGUAACUUAUAAGUUAUCAUUACAAUAAUUAUGUCAUUUUAAAGUUAAUUAAUGAAAUAAAUGUGAAAGACAUUAAAUUACUAUGUUAUCUUUCUAUUACUUCAAUUGUCUUGUUCCAGUAUCAUGUUUUAUUAGUUCAUGUAUGUGUCAACCAUUACCCACAACUUCAUCUAUUAAAUUGAGUCAAUUUUACUGAGUGAAUUAAAAACUCCCACUAUGAAAGAGUGUUGUUCCAUUGAAACUUUACUGAGAACUGUAAAUAAAGUACAUAGAACAAAUCGAGAAGUAAAGGAAUACAAUAGUUUAGCGUUGCAUUUGAAUAAGUCCGGUCAAGGGCUAAAUUGUACUGUUUGAAUUGAUUAGCAUCAUUGUACUUUAAAAAAUUUAAUACAACCAUGUUAGCUCCGCAAAUACGGCUAUAGUGCAUUUGUUGCCUUUUGUGGAUGUGCCUGUAUAAAUUAAUGAAAUCGAUAAGAAUAAGCAUGUCUAUAAUAAAAUUGCUACAAAUUUGAAAUGCCUUCUAGAAAUAGUUGUCAAAUUAUCUGACAAAUUGGAAGGCCUCAAGUUUCUCAUUCGUCAGCUCGUUAUAGCCAUGGGUAUAAUUCCCAAUGGAUUCCAAAUUCAAUUUAUUACUGAUGAUGGUACGGAAAAAUGAAAUUCAGCCUUGUGUUCACUUUGUAUUGCCUGGCAAAAAAAGGGUAAAUAAUUUAGUGCAUUAUUAAGUAAAAGAUUGAAAAAAGUAAAGUUUUCUUAUUUUCCUAGCCCAUGUUACAAGCAGAACUUGUUCCUAUUGCCUUUACUACAUUUUAAAGGCAUCUUUUUGUGGAUUGCUUUUACAAAAUACGCUUCGUAAUGAUUGAUAUCCAUCAGAAAACCCUUAUUUUUCUUAAAGGAAAGUAUAAUUCUGUAGAAUGGUAAGUUUUAGUUUCAGAGAACAGUUAAGUACUUCAGAACGUUAGAAUAUGUAUCAACUGCAUCUCUUACUAAAAAGUGCGUUAUUAGUAGGAAAAUCAAACUAACACAUCAACAAAAUAAAAUUUUAUUCAUGUAUGCUUUAGCAUAUUUUUAAUUUCAGCUUCAAUAUUAUUAUAUUUAUUGAUUCCUUAUUAUUGAAGAGAUUAUUUGUAAGUCAGUAAUUGUUUUUUGAUAUUUUGGAAACUAAUGAAAGUAGUUUUCUAAUCACAGAGAGAAGAAGUAGAAUCUCAUGAUCAUAAUACUUAUUAUGUUCAUUCAGGUCAGAAGAUGUAAACUUUCUCAGAUAAAUAGUGUAGAGGAAGUAUCGUUAAUGUGCAAUGGAAUGUAGGCCUACAGUAAAUCUUGGGCGAUCUUGUCUUUUAGUGAUGAGAGCCAAAGUGCUACCAUUACAUUUUGAUUCUGCUGUUCACGCCCAAUUUUUGUUAACUAGUUGAGUGUGCUUAAAAAACAGUUUUGAUGAUUUAAAUCAAGUGAUUUAUAUAAUUGAUUUAAAUUACAUGAUUCACCAAAAAACGAUGGAUUUAAAUAAAAAAUAAAAUUUAUUGUAAAUUUUACAAAUUUGCUUACUCACCUUAACUUAAAAGCGAAAUGCAUAACGUAAUUGUAAGCACUGAAAUUCUUUGUUAUGGGGCACAUUUGCCAAUUAAUUGCAGGACAUUUCACUUUUGCACUCUCACUAAUCGUAUUUAAUAAUCACUGAAUCUUCAAAUUCAUAAGGCUUUGCUAAGUGUUAUCUUACAAAACAUUGAUUGCUUUUGAUCAAAUGCAACUCGCAUGACAAAACUACCAAGAACAACUAGUUGUACCUUCCAAUUACACAGUGUAGGUGAUUUUUGAACGCAACAUAACGCCAAAUGAUGGCAGUUAAGCGUAAAUUCAAUUAAUUUCAAUAAAUUAUUAAAAUUUAGUGUUUAGAAAAUAAAAUCGGUUUAUAAGAGAAAUUUAAAGCCUAUGUAGGGUCUACUUACCUUUCAUUUAAAGGCAAAAUCACGAAAUUUGGGAGAGUAGAAAACUCAACUAUCUUUCUAAAAUAAAACCUGUGAGGUUUUAAACCUAAUAUAGAUAAUAAGAAUGCUACUGAAAGUCAACUUCGGAUUCAUAUUCCGUAUCACGAAACGCCGACGCCUGUCAAUUGUCUUGUUAGGCCACCCGCUUGGCGUUAAUGCGUUAGACGCAUUCGUGUUGCAGCGGUCCUUGUGAUCAUAGGAGGAUGGAGUGAUGAGAGGAGAAAAAGUAGAAAGAGAAGGAAAGGAUGGUUAUUAAAAAAGAACGGAAGAAGAGCAUAAAGAGGUAUGAUCAGAAUUUUGAGUUGAUACUACGAAUCAAGAACUCUGUUCUCUCCCGGUACAGUGGGGUUCUGUCAGUUUAUUUAUAAAAUCAAUUAAGAUUAAACUAGGUAUUAUAAUUAGGCAAACAAAUGUCCCUUUCAUAUUAGUGCCAUGGUGUAGUAUACUUCCACUUGUAUCGACUUGGAUGUACGGGAGACGCCCAGGUACAGAUACCAACGUUUCGGCCGUCAUUCUGCGACCUUCCUCAGGGCGAAAUAGUCAUGGCUGAAAGACGCAGCAUGACGCCCAAA